UGACGGCCUAAACUAAACAACCAACCAACCAACCAACCGAAAAAGAAUCCUUUCUUUCUUUGUUUCAAUCGAUGGUGGGUGACGGCUUUAUCAUUAACCACAGCACGAACAGUUCCAACAAAUUAGAGAGCCCAAAGAAAACAAAGAAGAAGAAGAAGCGUGGUGGUACCAAGAAGAAGAUGACCACCGAGCAGACUUUGGCUUUCAAGUCUGUGAGUGAAUGGGUUUUCUUGGAACAAGCUUCUUCACUGCCUUCCACUGCAGCUUCUUGUGUUGUCGAUGAUUUUGGGGUACAGAAGAGCCUUGGAAGAGGUGGAGACAAGGUAGUGUUCGAAUUGCAUUCACAUUCAAAAUGCAGUGAUGGGUUUCUUUCGCCUUCCAAGUUGGUGGAGAGGGCUCAUGGAAAUGGGGUGAAAGUUCUUGCUCUGACAGAUCAUGACACGAUGUCUGGCAUACCUGAGGCCCUGGAAGCAGCUCGGAGAUUUCGCAUAAAGAUAAUUCCAGGUGUUGAAAUCAGUACAAAAUUCUACCCAAGAGGAGAUUCUGAACCAGAGGAACCAGUACACAUCCUUGCAUAUUACAGCAGCUGCGGGCCAACAAGUUUUGAAGAUCUGGAAAAGUUCUUGUCUAAUAUAAGGGAUGGUCGUUAUCUUCGUGCAAAAACUAUGGUUUCCAAACUGAACAUGCUCAAGUUGCCUGUUAAAUGGGAGCAUGUCUCAAGGAUUGCAGGCAAGGGAGUUGCUCCUGGGAGACUGCAUGUGGCCCGUGCGCUGGUUGAAGCAGGUUAUGUGGAAAACCUGAAACAAGCUUUUUCCCGCUAUCUUUUCGAUGGUGGACCUGCAUACUCGACGGGAAGCGAACCUCUGGCAGAAGAAGCAAUACAAAUGAUUUGUGAUACAGGAGGUGUGGCUGUGCUAGCUCAUCCUUGGUCAUUGAAAAAUCCAGUGACCAUCAUAAGAAGGUUGAAAGAAGCUGGUCUUCACGGGAUUGAAGUUUACAGAAGUGAUGGAAAACUGGCUGUGUACAGUGAUCUAGCUGACACUUAUGAUCUUCUGAAGCUUGGAGGGUCAGAUUAUCAUGGGAGAGGUGGGCAUGGUGAGUCUGAGCUGGGUAGUGUGAACCUUCCAGUGCUGGUUUUGCGUGACUUUCUUAAAGUAGCUCGGCCAAUUUGGUGUCGUUCCAUUAGACACAUUUUAGAAAAUUAUGCCGAAGAGCCUUCAGAUUUUAAUCUAGCAAAGAUUACAAGGUUUGGGAAGGGAGUUUCCCCCUUAAGCUGCGGCAAGGAUUUGAUUGAUCGCUGCUUGUCUUCGUGGUUGACAAAUGAAGAGAGGCAAAAUGCAGUUUUCGAGGCCGUCAGAUUGAAGCUUUCUCAUGUUUCAAUUAAUCAGGGAGGAAUCCAGGUUCCUAUAGAGAGUAAAUAAUCCCUAUCUAAUUCAUAUAUUUUCCUGUACCAAUCUUUCAUGGAGGUGAUGAUAUCUAAUUUAUUAUUCUAACUAUUUUUAAUAUUUUUAAUCGCAUUUUUGCAUUUGCCGUGAGAUAUUAAAAUCUUACGAGUGGAAGACUGAGCAGUUGUCAGAAAUCCCAGAGAAGGAUGACAAUAGCUUGUCUUUGAUUUUUCUACACCUGCUGUAAAAUCAGAUUUUUGAUAGAAUGUCCAUUAUUUUUACAGGGGAUUUUCUUUCUAUCGUUUAGCAACACGGGCAUAGAUUUUAGUUUUUCGUCCUGUUAUCCAUAAAUGUUGGGCAAAUGCGCUCUUUUGACU